AUGACCAAUGCUGGUCUGCAUGCCAUCCCCUCCCACGCUUUCCCUGCACUCCCCCUCUCCGCUCCUCCUCCUUUCUCCCCGAUCUCCCCUCCCCACCCCCUUUCCCUUAACCAGAUCAACGAUGAGAACUUCCCGGAAAACUCCCCAUGGACGUGCCCCACAGCCAACGUGUUCUAUUCAGCGUCCAUCAUCUGGGGACUCAUCGGCCCCAAGCGCAUGUUGUGUUCCUUGCCACAGCUUAGCACCCAUGGCUCAAUGACCAUGAUCAACGAUGAGAACUUCCCAGAAAAUUCCCCAUGGACGUGCCCCACAGCCAACGUCUUCUAUUCAGCGUCCAUCAUCUGGGGGCUCAUCGGCCCCGAGCGCAUGUUUGGCCCCUCGGCCUUCUACAACAACCUCAACUGGUGGUUCCUCGGAGGGGCGCUCGCUCCCAUCCCCUUCUGGGCCGCGCACAAGAUGUGGCCGCACCAGGUGGUAAGUUGGUUGAAACCCCUUCUGUUUCCCUCUCCUGGUGGGGUGCUGGCGUAA